CCACGUAAGCAACAGUGCCACGUCAACAGUGGCACAGUGCCACGUCAGCACUGCCCCGCCACCAUGACGGGCUCAGUUCUGGGCAUGCCAGGCCAACUGUCAAAUGAGUCCAUUGCCGAGUACCGACAGCGUUUCGAAACUCAGCUCGCACUAAUCGCGGUUGAGGAACAGCGCCAGCUGGCAGCCGAGGCUGUCCGCCUACAGGCUGAAGCGGCGGCAACAACUGAGAAGCAGCGGCUUCAGGCCGAAGCAGACGCAGAUACCCAGGCACGCCGAAAGGAAGCCCAGGAUCUGCUACAGCGGCAUGAAGCCACUAGCAUCGGAAAGCUCAAGUUUUGGCACUUUGAACCAUCCGAGGAGCACGACGACGCGACACCGGAAGAGCAGCACAAGGAAUUCAUGGCCAAACUCGUGACCAGGUUGAUUUACACUUGUAACCACCUACAGUCCGAGCUGGCGAACCUCCUGCGGGCCGUACGGAGCCACAAGGCUCAGCGCGAGGAUGUAGCACGGGCACGCGAUUCCCGUGUACAGGACUUGGAGCAAACUGCACCAAGACCGGAGGCUGGCGAGUUCAGCAGUGCACCCUCUGCCCGCCAACUGGAGGAACGAGUUGAUCACGUAGUCGCAAUGCUCGGCGACAUCAGUACCUUCGCUGCACCAGCCACCAUCAGCAAUCAGCUGGACACCUUGAAGACCGAAGUUCAGCAACUGCAUCAGCUGCCUAACAAGGAUAGCAACGCCGUGCAGCACUACAAGAUGCCGACAUUCCAAAUCGAGAAGUUCGACGAUUAUGCGCAUCAAGACCCGGUCCUCUGGUGGGAGGGCUUUACAACGCAACUUCGGAUUUUGUUCGUCGCCAAGCACGCGUACAUCGGCGCCCUGUUCCUCAACUCAAAGGGCGGAUGCCAGAUCUGGUUGAGCCACCUGGCAACCGUGCACGGCGUCGACGUCGCAGAUUUGAAAGACAAGAUCUCUUGGGAAGAGUUAACACGACUAUGGAAGAAGCGGUUCAUCGUGGACGACGCCCCGGCGCUCGGCAUCAACCGCCUCUUCAGCAUGACGCAAGGCAACACAUCGACACGUGACUGGCUCACGGAAUGGCAGAAGAUCGUGGCAACGCCCGAUCUUGACUUGCCAUUUUCGCAUCUGCGCCGCGAGUUCUACAACCGGUCAUGUGCCGCCUUGAGCCUUGCACUUGGUGAUCGCAAGCAAUACGCGACCUUCACCGAAAUCAUCGACAAGGCAAGGGAGAUCAUCAAGACAAAUAGGGCAGCUGCGCAUGAGAAAUCAGCAUGGCAGCCAACCUAUGUGGAGAAGGUGAAAACUGGUCCGCGGUCGCAGCAUGUCGCUGCAGUCCAAUCGGACAACAUUGUGGAAGACCCGGCAGCCACCCAAGCGUCACGUGAGGGAGAUCAGGUGGCUGUUGUCCAGCCGCGAAGCAACAAUAAGUCCCGAGGAAACGGGAAGGCGAAAACCGCAUCGCCGGCCGAAAACGGACAGCCAGCACCAUGGGUCAAGUUUCACUUGACCGAGGCGGAAUACAAGUGGCGCGGCCGCCACGGCUGCUGCUAUUGGUGCAACGACACCAAGCACAAGACCUCCCAAUGCCCUGAUCAAGGCAAGGAGGAUGUUCGGCCUCUACCAACUCUAUUGAUGGACGCCGGAGUAGAGGUUGUCGACCUUCACGCCUACAUUGCAAAGAUCGACCGCGAGUUCAAGACACAACGGUAUGACGACAUCGAUGCACCAUUGUUAUAUGUACGCAUUCAGAUCGGAGAGGCGACCUGCAGCGCUUUGAUCGAUUGCGGAGCAUCUCGCAACUACAUGAGCCAGGACUUUAUGGAUCACCCGGUGAACUUCUACCGCCGCACCGUUCACGUUCGUGAUCGGAACGGAGUACUAGUCCCAUGCACGGUAGCUCCUCCUCGCCCUUCGAUCAGCUGCCACGUGGUGUCCGCCGCAAGCAUGCGAGCUUCCAUCAUCAGAGACAACAUCGAGGAGAUGGGGGUGUGUUUUCUCCAUGCCCUCCCGCCCCAUGACGCUUCAUCGACGGACUCAUCUUCGGACCCACGUAUCACCGAGCUUCUCGACGCCUACGGCGACGUGUUCGAAGGCCCGCACGGAGUAGUACCGGAUCGGCCCAUCCGCCACGAGAUCAUCCUCGAGGACGGGGCCGUACCUCCACGCGGUUGCAUCUACCGAAUGAGCGAGGAAGAGUUAAGUGUGCUACGGGCACAACUCGACGACCUUCUGGAGAAAGGCUGGAUUCGGCCUAGCUCAUCGCCAUACGGUGCUCCCGUUCUCUUCGUCCGGAAAAAGAACAAGGAUUUGCGGUUGUGCAUCGAUUAUCGCAAGCUCAACGCGCAAACGAUCAGAAACGCCGGCCCUCUUCCACGCAUCGACGACCUUCUCGAACGGCUGGGCGGCGCCAAGUUCUUCUCCAAGCUGGACCUCAAGCCGGGAUAUCACCAACUCGAGAUUCGGCAGGAGGACCGCUACAAGACCGCGUUUAAGACGCGAUAUGGGCAUUUCGAAUGGUUGGUUAUGCCAUUUGGCCUUACGAAUGCCCAGGCCACUUUCCAAGCGACUAUGACAACGGAGUUCCGACACAUGCUGGAUCGAUUCGUACUUAUCUACCUCGACGACAUCCUGGUGUACAACCGGAGUUUGGAUGAGCAUGUGGAACACCUGCGCACCGUUUUGGAGCGGCUACGACAAGCCAAGUACAAAGCCAACCACGACAAAUGCGAAUUCGCGCGGCAGGAGCUGGAGUACUUGGGGCAUUAUGUGACGCCGCAAGGCAUCCGUCCGCUUGCGGACAAGAUCGAGGCCCUCCGCGUAUGGCCCGAGCCCACCAACACCACGGACGUUCGUUCAUUCAUGGGGUUGGUGGGCUACUAUCAGCGAUUCAUCACCGGAUACUCGAGGAUUGCCGCACCUAUGACGAGAUUACAAUCGCCAAAUGUGCCAUUCGUAUUCGAUGACGACGCACGCCGGUCAUUCCAAGCACUCAAGACGGCCAUGCUCAUAGCACCCGUCCUUAGCAUCUAUGACCCCACCUUGCCUACGAGAGUGACAACUGACGCUUUCGGCUAUGACAUUGGGGCAGUCUUGGAACAACACGACGGCGACGACUGGCACCCUGCGGAGUAUUUCAGCCACAAAGUGCCUCCCAUCAAUUCGCUUGAUGAUGCAAGGAAGAAGGAGCUGCUGGCGUUCAUGAUGGCUCUCAAGCGAUGGCGACACUUCCUCCUUGGGCGUCGUAGGUUCACGUGGGUCACGGACAACAAUCCAUUGACCUACUACAAGACGCAUGAUACGGAGUUCGACACGAAGAUGAAACCAAGUUCAGCUCGGCAUCCACAGACGGACGGGCAAACGGAGCGGGCACAUCAAACCGCUCAAAUGAUGCUUCGUACACUCAUCCGCUCGGACCAGAAAGAUUGGGUUGACCGCCUCCCCGACAUCGAGUUCGCCUACAACACUUCGGUGCACCCGACGAUCGGCGUGAAUCCAUUCGAGUUGCACCACGGUGGAUGGAAAGGCCGUAUCUUCGCCGACCUUCUCCUCCCACGACCAGCCGACAUCGACGCCGCUUGCUCUCCUGCUUCCGUCCGAAAGUACAGGGAAUUGCUGGCUCAAGCCCGCGCGAAUAUGCAAAAGGCUCAAGUCCGCAUGCAGCAGCAAGCCAACAGGCGUCGCGUGCCAUGUCCCAUCCGCGCCGGUGAUCUGGUUUGGGUCUCCACGGAAGAAUUUGCACUGGAAUAGGAUGUUUCACGCAAACUGCUUCCCAAGUGGUUUGGACCAUGGCCCGUAACAUCAGCCGC